AUGAGUGAAAGAAGAGAAGAAGAUACUACUCUAGUGUAAGCAGCUAUCCCAGCUGCCUUGGAAGGAGCCAAAAAAGCUGAGGAAUUGGAAAAAAAGAUAAAAGAGUAUUCAUGAUUAAAGAUAUAUUUUAGAGAAGGAGGAUAAAAACUUGGAGAUAUAGAGAAGCAAGCUGAGGAGUAAAUUCACAAGGCAUAAGAAAUACUCGCCUUUGCUGGAAAUUAAGCUUAAGUUGCCUAAUAACAAUCCUUAACUGUUGCUGCUGCAUAGUAUCUAGCAGGCAGCUUAUUAUCAAUGUUGAUUCUUCAACUCGGUUUCUUUGGAUCAAUUCUAACCUUCAUCCCAUUCCUAGAACAAUUGACAAUUAUAUUGUACAUAGUAUCAAUCUUAAUUGUUCAAUUCUGUCCAGGAUCUGUUGAUAAGGUAGUUACUUGAUAUAUCAAAUAGGUUCCUAAAAAUUUUGGAUUAUGCAUUGUUCAUUCAGCCAGUAAAAUAUUAUUGAUGGUUUACCUUACACUUCAUUUCGAAGCAAUCAAAUUUGAAUUGAUACAAUUAGUAUUUGGUAUCGUCAUUCUAUUUUUAUUAUUUUAAAUUAAGAAGGGAAUAAGUAAUCAAUUAAUCCUAUGUUUUUAGGUGAAAAUUAAGAUAUUGCUUUGGUCGUUAAGAAAUAAUUCUUCACAGUUCUGAUUAUAUCAGCAGUUAUUUCAGGAUUUUUGGGAUUGUUAACAAGAUCAAACUUGUUCAUUACUCUUAUUUUGGUAGUCGUUGGAGCUGGAUACACUUAUUAUUUAUAAUUGGCUUUGUAGAGAUUUGGCGAUCACAAAUACUUGUUCAUUAAUAAAAAUGACUAAUAUUUGGGUGCUGCCUAAUUAGAUGCAGAUCUAUUCUUAUGGUGCAAAUUGGUUGGAUAUCAUUGCAUUAAGAGAAAUGAAAAUGGAGCUUAUGUUCCAAAUUUGGAAUUCGAUGAGGAGAAUAAAUAGAAGGAACCAGAAACUUAAGAAUAAAACAAAAUCUGAGAUAUUCAUAAGAAAAUAAAAUAAAC